AUGACUAACUGUAAAGGCAGAUCAACCAUCUCCAAAACAAAUAGCAAAGUUCAUGACAGAGAAGGUUUUGUAAACUGGACCAUAAAUCUUAAUACAAUUCAGUCAGAUAAAUUUUUGAGAUUGCUUUUGAGCAUGGUUCCUGUUGUUUAUCAAAUUAACCAGGAGGAAAGACAUAAAAAAGUGAACGGUGUCUGGCAAGAUGGAUUACAACCAGCAGGACACAAUUUUAGUGUUCGAUCUGAACUACACACAGAGUACCACCACUUCUCAGAACAAACUUUUCAUGGUAGUAAUGGACACAGCCCAUCUAGCUGUAGCCCUAAAUAUGAUGAUUUUACCAAUUAUAAUUUCCAUGAUGGAAUGGACACUUCAGAAACAGAUGCCAUGUUGCAGGAAGACAAUCUAUCUAGUGAUGGUACUGAAGAUACCAUUGUGGAAGGAAGUAGAAAACAACCCAAAGAAUCUAGUAGUAUUAUGGCAUUACAGAUACUUGUACCUUUUUUGCUAGCAGGAUUUGGGACUGUUUCUGCUGGCAUGGUUUUGGAUAUUGUACAGCACUGGGAUGUGUUCAAGAAUGUUACUGAAGUUUUUAUCUUGGUUCCUGCACUUCUUGGUCUCAAAGGAAAUUUGGAAAUGACCUUGGCAUCCCGUCUGUCAACUGCUGUAAAUAUUGGAAAAAUGGACUCUCCCAUUGAGAAAUGGAAUCUAAUAAUUGGCAAUUUGGCCUUAAAACAGGUUCAGGCAACAGUAGUUGGUUUUCUGGCAGCAGUGGCUGCUGUUAUAUUGGGCUGGAUUCCGGAGGGUAAAUACCGCUUCGAUCAUUCGGUCCUUCUGUGUUCUAGCAGCGUAGCAACUGCAUUUAUAGCUUCUCUUUUACAAGGAAUAAUAAUGGUUGGAGUUAUUGUUGGAUCAAAGAAGACUGGUAUUAAUCCUGACAAUGUUGCCACUCCUAUAGCAGCAAGUUUUGGAGAUCUUAUCACCCUUGCUAUACUAGCAUGGAUAAGUCAGGGUCUUUAUACUUGCCUUGAGACAUAUUACUAUGUAUCUCCUUUGGUUGGUGCCUUUUUUUUGGCUCUGACUCCGAUGGGGAUUGUCAUAGCUGCCAAACACCCAGCUACCAGAACUGUUCUCCAUUCAGGAUGGGAGCCUGUUAUAACUGCCAUGGUUAUAAGCAGUAUUGGUGGCCUUAUACUGGACACAACUGUAUCUGAUCCUAACUUAGUUGGAAUUGUUGUUUAUACCCCAGUAAUUAAUGGUAUUGGUGGUAAUUUAGUAGCAAUUCAAGCCAGCAGAAUUUCUACCUACCUCCAUUUACACAGCAUCCCUGGAGAGCUGCCAGAAGAAGCCAAGGGUUGCUAUUACCCAUGCAGAACCUAUUAUGGUACAGGAGUAAACAACAAAUCAGCCCAAGUUCUGCUUCUUUUGGUGAUUCCUGGACACCUGAUUUUCCUGUACACUAUCCACUUAAUGAAAAGUGGUCACACUUCCUUAACUCCCAUCUUUAUAGCAGUGUAUUUGUUUGCAGCUCUGCUACAGGUGUUUACCCUGUUAUGGAUUGCUGACUGGAUGGUGCACCACUUCUGGAAAAAAGGAAAAGACCCUGACAGUUUUUCUAUUCCUUAUCUUACUGCACUGGGAGAUCUGCUUGGAACUGCCUUAUUAGCUAUAGGUUUUCAUUUUCUGUGGCUCAUAGGUGACAGAGAUGGUGAUGUUGGAGACUAG